AUGGCAGCAACCAACGAGCGUAGUAAGCAUGUGGAGCACGAGCUGGCCAGCAUGCGCACCACAAAUAUGAAGCUAUGGAGCUUGAGUGAUAAGCAAUCAGCACUGAUAGAUGCUUUGGAGUCAAAAUUGAAUCAAACUGCUGACAUGAAGCGAGAGAUGAGGCAACUCGAACUGGAACGCCAUGGCAUGGAAGGUGCAUUGCAAACGCUGCAAUGUCUAGCUUUGAAGCAGGAUAAAGAUACAGCGAGGGUAUUGGACGAGAUUGCCAUGUUGCAGCAGCAACAGCCAUCACAUAAUACCACACAGAUCAGUAGUAAUGAUAGCUCUCUCGAUCAACAACGGACACGAGCAUUAGAAAAUCGAGUGGAGGAACUUGACAAUUACAUUAAUAAACUGCAGAAACAUCAUACCUCUCAAGAAGAGACCGAAAGGUGGAGAAAUACCGCGCAACUACAAGCAGCCAAAAUCAAUGCAUUAGAAAAGAGAAUUGGCUUGCUAGUAAAUGAGCUACUCAUGCACCAAACAGCUCUCAGAGAGGGUGAUACAAGUGGUAUGGUUGCCAGCCUUCAGGAUAACAUUGUGAGGUUGCAGCAAGAAAAAAUGGCUGCAGAAGCCGACUUUGAAAGCAGCUAUGAAGCUGCCGUCAAUGAAAACGACAAAUUGUCCCAACUAGCAAAUCAGCAAUCAUACCAAAUACAACAACUGCAAACUGCAUUAACAGAAUCACAUCAACUACUUGGAGAGCAACAAAGCAUCAAGCAGGCCUAUGAUGCUUUGAAGAAAGAAUACGAGUUGAUGGAAAAACUGAACCAGGAACUCGUGGCAGUGAAUAAACAAUCACAUUCGGUAGCCAGCAGACAAUCCACCACAUCAGUCGCCUCUGUGUACAGAAAGAGAAGAACGCCUAAUCAAAUGUCUGUGGAUGAAAAGCCUCGUUUGAUCAGCUGGGUGCAAGAAAAGCUAGAUACAUCGUGUGCUAUGGAUGUCUUGCAAAAGGUAUCACAUUUAGCGGAUGAAAACAUGCAGUUGGCUCUUAUGGUGGAUGACUUGGAGACACAGAUCAUGUCGCAGCGCCAUCAUUUGUCACAGCAAGUCAAGACAUUGGAGUGCGAUGUCAUGCAUCUGACGGUACUCAACAAUCAGCUGGAGCGUCAGAUAGAAGCACCAGCGCGAUCCAGUCGAUCCAGUGCUGCCACCAACUCUACACAUCACAUACGACGAGACGAUACGCCGCCAUCAGUGUUAUCCGAUUCCUUGGUCAGCAAACAUCGAUCCGCAACACCCAAUGUGCCACCACCCACUGAACCUCCCAACCAGCCACUCCCGCCCACACCUCCUGUAUCCGAGCAAUUCGAUACGCAACUUCGAUCCUACCGCAUCAAACUCGAGAUGGCAGAAAAUCAAGUGAGAGCAGAUCAGGAACGAGUGCAGAAACUAGCAUCUGACAUGGAAAACAACCAGCAGGAAAUGCAAAAUCAGUGCAGCCAGAUACAAAAAGACCUUGAUCGCGAAAGACGACAAAGGCAAAAAGCGGAACAAGCACAUGCCAUACUAGAAAAGAGAUUGCAAGAUGUGAUGAACAGCAAAAAGAAUAAAUUUCUGUGCUUCUAG